UCAGCCGAAGCUCGCUCUGGGUCCCUCGCCAGUUCCACCUGCUGCCCUCCAGCCGCUAGCCACUACACCAACAGGGGGUAGGAUCACAGGGUCCUCUUGCCGCUACUUCCUCCCGGUCAGGUCCGCCCAGCUGAGUGUACCUCCCACUCGAUGCUCAGACCUCUCCUUCGGCGUCUCGUCGUUGUAUGCCAGCGAUUGAUUCCUUCAAUAAAACAUCUUAAAACUUGUGCCUGGCCUCCUGCUCGUAUGCGCAUGGAGAAGAUGAUCUGCAGGAUCCUGCUGCUCAUCAUCCUCAACUUGUGUCUCUGUGCAGCAGCAUUUGUAGUGAAUGUGACACAGAGCUCCUAUCAGGCAGAGGAGAACCACAGCAUCACUCUGGAGUGGACCUUCACCACCACACCUAAUGGAUCCUGGAAAGAGCUGUUUAUCUACUGCAGCUUGUUAACUCCUAGGAAAGAAUCAGUCCUUUAUCAGGUCCAUGAUGGUGUUGAGGUGCCAGAGUCUCAGGAUGAACAGUUUUCAGGACGAGUCCAGAGUGACAAAGACGUCCUCAGAGAAGGACGAAUCAGACUCCAUGUGUCCAGACUGAGGACUGAAGACUCUGGUCUGUAUCUGUGUGAUGUGGAGACUGAUGAUGGUUCUGGUUCUGGAUCCUGUCGACUCAACGUCUCUGCAGCUGCUGAUCAGCUUCAACCUCAGAGACCAACUUUGACUCCAGAACCAGAGAGAUGGACAAAGAUCAUCUGGAUCACAGCGGCAGCAGCAACUUUGGUGCUUUUAUGUAUUAUUGUCCCGGUUUUUAUAGUUAUGUACCUGUCCAGGGUGUACCUGCCUCUCUCCCGGUGA